UGCAUACGUGUACACAUGGAGGGAAGCACAAAGUUAUUCUCUGCCCAUGACAAUGUGAAUAAAGUUCGAGUGGCCAUCAAAAAGAUCAGCCCUUUUGAACACCAGACAUACUGCCAGCGAACUCUGCGUGAGAUUAAAAUCCUGCUGCGCUUCAAACAUGAGAAUAUCAUCGGCAUCAAUGACAUCAUCAGAGCCCCCACCAUUGACCAGAUGAAAGAUGUAUACAUUGUACAGGACCUGAUGGAAACAGACCUGUAUAAAUUGCUGAAGACUCAGAAUCUUAGCAAUGAUCAUAUCUGUUACUUCCUGUAUCAGAUCCUGCGAGGGUUAAAGUACAUCCACUCUGCCAAUGUCCUUCAUCGGGAUCUCAAACCAUCCAACCUACUGCUGAAUACCACCUGUGACCUGAAGAUCUGUGAUUUUGGACUGGCUCGUGUAGCUGACCCAGACCAUGAUCAUACUGGGUUCCUGACAGAAUAUGUUGCUACCCGUUGGUAUCGAGCACCUGAGAUUAUGCUCAACUCCAAGGGGUAUACCAAGUCGAUUGAUAUUUGGUCAGUAGGCUGCAUCCUGGCAGAGAUGCUGUCUGGUAGACCCACCUUCCCAGGAAAACACUAUUUGGAUCAGCUCAACCAUAUCCUUGGUAUUCUUGGCUCACCCAGUCCAGAUGACUUGAACUGUAUAAUCAAUGUCAAAGCUAGAAAUUACCUGCAAUCUCUGCCUCACAAGAACAAAGUUCCUUGGAACAGACUGUUCCCCAAAGCUGAUGGGAAAGCUCUGGAUUUAUUGGAUAAAAUGUUGACAUUUAAUCCACAUAAGAGGAUUGAAGUGGAAGCAGCUCUUGCUCAUCCUUACCUGGAGCAGUACUAUGACCCCAGUGAUGAGCCUAUUGCCGAAGCACCCUUUAAGUUUGAUAUGGAGCUGGAUGACCUACCCAAGGAGAAGCUGAAGGAGCUGAUCUUUGAGGAGACAGCCAGGUUUCAGCCCCUCUAUCAGCAUUCCUAAACUACAGGCGCCCUUGCAUACAGGGCCAGGACUGCAGGACUGGACAUGCUCAGAGUUCAUUUGUUUCUAACUCCUCCUGAAUCCUGUCUCAUGCAUCUCAGCUUAUUCAUUGUACUCUCUCUAAAAACUCUGCCGUGGCACCUGUAACUGUGGAGGUUGUCCAUUCUGGAAGCCAUGGCGAUUGUUUGCUUGCUGUGGACUCUUUCUCAACCGGGGACGAGAUUUCACACUCCGGCUGUAUUUGUGUUUGAAAGAUGUACAGCCAGUGUGCGCACGCUUAGUAAUCUACAUCCUAUGUAACUUAGCGAUGGUGUUUGAAAGAAAGCAGGACUGGUGUUUUGAGCUAUUACACAAAUUAUGGCAGACAUAUCUGAUUUCAAUAAGCACUUCAGUUUAGUUUUUCUAAUGCACUUUGAGAAAUAUCAAAGUAUAACUGAUCAUUCAGUAUUACACCUGCUCAGUGUCUAGAAACAUCAGUGACUGGUCUGUAAUUUCAGAUCUUUAAAUGCAUUGUGUGGGAUUUCUAAACCUUGCUUGUUUCAGUGAGAUCCCCUCAGCUUAAUGAAGUGUUUAGAUUUCUGAUGAAAGGAACAAUGAGACUGUAACCUGCAUUCUUUUAAACCAGUUUUGCUCUGUUGGUUGGUUGUAUAGAUUGUGUACUUGUACACUUCAAAGAAGGCUGCCCUGCCAAGGUGGUUCCCUCACUAAGUCUUUUAUAGAUUGAAAGUAAAUUACUGGUGUAUAUCCCUGAAAUAUUAGCUAUGUAAUGUUGAUGUAUAUCAAAGACACUAUUGUGUUUUACUCUGGUUUUGUUUUAAUAACAUUCCAUUCAAUAUAUUAAAAAAAAACUAACUAUUCCAUUUCAGAAGCUUCAACUUGCUAAUGUACAUCCAAGUUUAAAGUCUUACCUGGUCUGUAAGUGGGUUCUGCCUCACAUUGUCCUGCAACAGUUUUCUGUAUUACGCAGUAAUAACUGGCUCUAUCAGAGGAAGUACAAAUGAAAGAUGCUUUAGCUUGAGAAUGUUUGAUCACUUUUGAAGGAAGCCUCUGUGAGUGGGUCUCCUUGAGAGCAGCUUAGAUUUCUAAGACCCUGUGUGCUUUUGCCAUUGAGAAUGAAGGGUGCCGUAAAGAUUCCUAUCCCUUUUCUGUGUUCGCAGAGUGUUUGUGGAUGAAGCCUGUACAAUGUGGAGCUUUCUUAGCUAUAUUUGAAUUCAAAGUGCAGUGCCUGAUCCUUAGUCUCGAAACCUAUUGUGGUGACAAUUGCCUUGUACAAUUUACCGUGUCCAAGCAUGACUGUUAAGCUUUGUAUACAAAGACUGUCCAAGUGCCACUCUCACACACUCACACACACACACACUCCCUCUCAUGCACACGCGCGUGUGUGCACACAGUCGCUCUUCAGCGCGUGCACAUGUGUGCGCACGCACACUCAUGCACUUACACACAAACUCAGAUGAGUAAAUCUUAUUGCUUCUCAAAGCUUCAUCCUAAUCCUCAUUGGUUUCCUCUCUGGUUUGCUUCCUGUAAAAAAAAAAAAAAUCAUGUAACAACUAGAUUUGUUUCUUCUUUAAAGACAAAAUGCCGCCUUUUGCAGACUUUGUGAUGUAACUGUAUAGAGCACUCUGUUUCUAUCAUGUAACUUGUUCAGUUGGCUUUUUUGUUCUGAUUGGUCUAAAUACCUGAUAUAAUAAAUGGAAAAGCGGUUAUGGUUAAUUUUAAAAGGAAAAACAUUUGCAACAAUAGGUGUCAAAAUGUGAUGUAACCGCAUAGACAUACCUGAUUGUAUUGUGACUGGUAUUGGAUUAAGCAUAUUAUAUAUAUGGACAAACUUGUAGGUACAAAGAUUUAUUUUGCCUUAAGUUUUUUUCAAUGUUAUAUAUGUAAACAAAUUUUAACCUGUUAAUGAAUGUUCAUUUUGUUUCUGGCACAUACAGCUCUUGUAAAAUUCUUUAAAUUGGUGUCUCCCUGCAUCUUUUAAAUACAGUAUGUUCUAUACACAACA